GCCGCCCGCCUGCCACCAUGGAGCUGGAGGACGGGGUGGUGUACCAGGAGGAGCCCGGAGGCUCCGGGGCCGUGAUGUCGGAGCGGGUGUCCGGCCUGGCGGGGUCCAUCUACCGCGAAUUCGAGCGUCUCAUCGGGCGCUACGACGAGGAGGUGGUCAAGGAGCUGAUGCCACUGGUGGUGGCCGUGCUGGAGAACCUGGACUCGGUGUUCGCGCAGGACCAGGAGCACCAGGUGGAGCUGGAGCUGCUGCGGGACGACAACGAGCAGCUCAUCACCCAGUACGAGCGGGAGAAGGCGCUGCGCAAGCACGCCGAGGAGAAAUUCAUUGAAUUUGAAGACUCUCAAGAACAGGAAAAAAAGGAUUUACAGACCCGAGUGGAAUCUCUAGAAUCUCAAACAAGACAACUUGAACUGAAAGCAAAAAACUAUGCUGACCAGAUUAGCAGACUUGAAGAAAGAGAAGCAGAAUUGAAGAAGGAAUAUAAUGCAUUACAUCAGAGACACACUGAGAUGAUCCAUAAUUAUAUGGAACAUUUAGAAAGGACGAAACUUCAUCAGCUGUCAGGGACGGAGCAGCUAGAGUCUGCGGCUCAUAGUAGAAUCAGAAAAGAGCGCCCUAUAUCAUUGGGGAUUUUCCCAUUACCUGCUGGCGAUGGAUUGCUUACACCUGACACUCAGAAAGGAGGUGAGACCCCAGGGUCAGAGCAAUGGAAAUUUCAGGAAUUAAGCCAGCCACGUUCUCAUACCAGCCUGAAGGAGAUAAAGACUCAACAGGAUGAACUUUCUGACAUCAGCCAGGGUGGAUCUAAAGCUACCACUCCAGCUUCAACAGCAAAUUCUGAUGUGUCCGCAAUUCCUCCUGACACUCCUUUAAAGGAAGAUAAUGAAGGGUCUGUGCAGGGCUCAAAUACGCCACAUAAGUCAGACAUAAGUAAGCACACUGAAGUACAGGUAGCCCAAGAAACUAGAAAUGUCUCUACAGGUUCUGCUGAGAAUGAAGAGAAAUCAGAAGUUCAAGCAAUCAUUGAAUCUACUCCUGAAUUGGAUAUGGACAAAGAUCUUAGUGGAUAUAAAGGCUCAAGCACUCCCACCAAGGGCAUAGAGAACAAAGCUUUUGAUCGCAAUACUGAAUCUCUCUUUGAAGAACUGUCUUCAGCUGGCUCAGGCCUCAUUGGAGAUGUGGAUGAAGGAGCAGAUUUACUAGGGGAAUAUUCUGACCAUAAUUUCUUUGGAAUGGGUCGUGAAGUUGAAAAUCUUAUACUAGAGAAUACGCAAUUGUUGGAAACCAAAAAUGCUUUGAAUGUAGUGAAGAAUGAUUUAAUAGCAAAAGUGGAUGAGCUAACCUGUGAGAAGGACGUGCUGCAGGGGGAGCUGGAGGCUGUGAAGCUAGCCAAACUGAAGCUAGAGGAAAAGAACAAAGAGCUGGAGGAGGAGCUCAGGAAAGCUCGUGCAGAAGCUGAGGAUGCAAGGCAAAAAGCAAAAGAUGAUGAUGAUAGUGAUAUUCCCACAGCCCAGCGAAAGCGGUUUACUCGGGUGGAAAUGGCCCGUGUUCUUAUGGAGAGAAAUCAAUAUAAAGAGAGGCUAAUGGAGCUUCAAGAAGCUGUUCGAUGGACAGAGAUGAUCCGUGCAUCACGAGAAAAUCCAGCUAUGCAAGAAAAAAAAAGGUCAAGCAUCUGGCAGUUUUUCAGCCGACUUUUCAGCUCUUCAAGUAAUACAACAAAGAAACCUGAACCACCUGUUAAUCUGAAGUACAAUGCACCCACUUCUCAUGUUACUCCUUCUGUUAAGAAAAGAAGCAGCACCUUAUCUCAGCUCCCUGGGGAUAAGUCCAAAGCUUUUGAUUUCCUUAGCGAAGAAACCGAGGCUACUUUAGCCUCACGCAGAGAACAGAAGAGAGAGCAGUAUCGGCAAGUGAAGGCACAUGUGCAGAAGGAAGACGGUAGAGUGCAAGCUUUCGGCUGGAGUCUGCCACAGAAGUACAAACAGGCAACCAAUGGUCAAGGUGAAAAUAAGAUGAAAAAUUUACCUGUGCCUGUCUAUCUGAGACCUCUGGAUGAGAAAGAUAUAUCCAUGAAGCUGUGGUGUGCUGUUGGAGUCAAUUUAUCUGGUGGCAAGACCAGAGAUGGUGGUUCCGUUGUUGGAGCAAGUGUAUUUUAUAAGGACGUUGCUGGUUUGGAUACCGAAGGCAGUAAACAACGCAGUGCAUCGCAGAGUAGUUUAGAUAAGUUGGAUCAGGAACUUAAGGAACAGCAGAAGGAGUUGAAAAAUCAAGAAGAACUGUCCAGUCAAGUGUGGAUCUGUACCAGCACACAUUCAGCCACAAGAGUUAUCAUCAUUGAUGCUGUUCAGCCAGGCAACAUCCUAGACAGUUUUACUGUGUGCAACGCUCAUGUGCUGUGUAUUGCUAGCGUCCCAGGAGCCCGGGAAACAGACUACCCUGCAGGAGAAGAGCUUUCAGAAUCUGGUCAGGUUGACAAAGCGUCCUUGUGUGGAAGCAUGACAAGCAACAGUUCAGCAGAGACAGACAGCUUGUUGGGAGGAAUCACUGUGGUUGGUUGUUCUACAGAAGGUGUGACAGGAACUGCCACUUCCCCUAGUACCAAUGGUGCUUCUCCGGUUGUAGAGAAAACCCCAGACAUGGAAGCAGAAAAUAGUGAGGUUGAUGAAAAUGUUCCAACAGCAGAAGAAGCUACAGAAGCCACAGAAGGCAAUGCAGAGUCCACUGAAGACGCUGUGGACACCACACAGACUGGUGUGUACACAGAGCAUGUGUUUACAGAUCCGCUGGGAGUUCAAGUCCCAGAAGACCUCUCUCCAGUGUUUCAGUCAAGUAAUGACUCUGAUAUGUAUAAAGAUCAGAUACCAGUAUUGCCAAAUGAACAAGACCUGGUGAGAGAAGAAGCCCAGAAAAUGAGUAGUCUCUUACCAACCAUGUGGCUUGGAGCUCAAAAUGGCUGUUUGUAUGUCCACUCGUCUGUGGCCCAGUGGAGGAAGUGUCUCCAUUCCAUUAAGCUCAAAGACUCCAUUCUCAGUAUUGUACAUGUGAAAGGAAUUGUGUUAGUGGCCCUGGCUGAUGGCACCCUUGCAAUCUUCCACAGAGGAGUUGAUGGGCAGUGGGACUUGUCAAACUAUCACCUCUUAGACCUUGGACGUCCUCACCAUUCCAUCCGCUGCAUGACUGUAGUUCAUGACAAAGUCUGGUGUGGCUAUAGGAACAAAAUCUAUGUGGUUCAGCCAAAGGCUAUGAAGAUAGAGAAAUCAUUUGACGCACACCCCAGGAAGGAGAGUCAAGUAAGACAGCUUGCAUGGGUGGGCGACGGUGUGUGGGUCUCCAUUCGCUUGGAUUCCACGCUCCGUCUCUAUCAUGCACACACUUACCAACAUCUACAAGAUGUGGACAUUGAGCCUUAUGUAAGCAAAAUGUUAGGUACUGGGAAACUGGGCUUCUCCUUUGUGAGGAUCACAGCCCUGAUGGUGUCUUGCAAUCGUCUGUGGGUGGGGACAGGAAAUGGUGUCAUUAUCUCCAUCCCAUUGACAGAAACCGUAAUCCUCCACCAGGGACGCUUACUGGGGCUGAGGGCAAAUAAAACUUCAGGAGCACCAGGUAACCGUCCUGGAAGUGUAAUCCGUGUAUAUGGUGAUGAAAAUAGUGAUAAAGUGACUCCAGGGACAUUCAUACCCUAUUGCUCAAUGGCCCAUGCACAACUCUGCUUCCAUGGACACAGGGAUGCUGUGAAAUUCUUUGUAGCAGUCCCAGGUCAAGUAAUUAGCCCACAGAGUAGCAGUAGUGGCACAGAUCUGACAGGUGAAAAAGCUGGGCCGUGUGCACAGGAGCCCGGCAGCCAGGCACCCUUGAAGUCUAUGCUUGUCAUCAGUGGCGGAGAAGGCUACAUUGAUUUCCGGAUGGGCGAUGAAGGCGGAGAAUCUGAACUUCUUGGAGAGGAUCUUCCACCAGAACCUUCUGUCACCAAAGCAGAAAGGAGUCACUUGAUAGUGUGGCAAGUGAUGUACGGGAGUGAGUGAGCCCUAGAAAACAGGUGAUGGGGAAGCUGUCUCUUGUGCAUGAUUUAUUUUCCCUUUAUUUAAGGCUCUUUUGUGAAAUGAGUUUCACCACAAAAUGUGUGAGCAUUUUUUCCCUGUUAACUUUAUAUUAGAAAAUCUGUCCUGUGGAAACAGUACAGAGGAAUGAGCUAUUUUACUGCACCAGUGUUAUGGGAAAUUUCAGUAUAUCAUGAACAAAUCAAAGAAUGUUGACUUUCUGCAAACUGGUGAAUUACAGAAAGCAAUCCAGAUGUCUAAUGUCACUCACUUCAUUUGAUGGGGUCACUUUUUGGUUGUCACUAAUAAUGGAACUAAUGGAAAACACUUAAUAAAUGAAACUGUACUGUGAGUACAAUAGCAAAAUUUACCCACUGUAUUAUAAAAUUGACACACACUAAUACCAGAUGGAUUAUCAAGAUUAAUCUAAAUGUCCCAAGAGGGCUAAAAGCUAACUGUAAAUUACUUUAACUUUCACUUUCAAAUCUGACAAAUCUUGUUUAUAUGGUAUAUAAACUUUGUUUUCAUCAGACUUGGGGGGGUUUAUAUUAAAGAAAUUAAGGCUACACUAUUUAAAUAAAACUUUCUUGUUCCUGUCUUAUUAGAGCUCUACAGUUUAUGGAGGCUGCUUCCCUGAAUAUUCUGACUUUUAUUUUGAAACUAGUUUCACUCAUUUUCAUAGUGACAUGCCUAAGAAGUAUACUACAUGAAGCUUAGAGGAUGUUUUGGGAAGCUCUGAGGAUACUUUAGCAAUGAGAGAAUUUAUUAAAUGGAAGUUAUGUUGAAUUUGUAUUUCUACUUCAGAGGAUGGUGGUAGUUGACUCAGUUUUAUUCCAUGUAAAAAAUUCCCCUGUUUAGUCAAAGGUUCCUGGGCUGCACUUACCUGCUGCUGAGAGUAAAAGCACAGCAGCGCUGGGUCCAGCCUGACCGCCUGAGCACAGCGUGGUUGGAAAAGCUGUGUUCUUUGGUUCUGUACAGAACUCCAAAAAGCUAGCACUUGCUCAAUAUCUUGGGCAUAAAUUACACAUUUAAGCCUUUGUAUCCUUUUCUGCUUAAACUGCUAUCUUCAAGGAUGAUAUUAUCCUGCAGGGGACUGAGACAAAGGCAAGCCUCUGAAGACAGGGUUAGCAUUGUGUCUUCUCAUUCAUGAUGUCCAUCUUAAAACACACACUAACGUUUAGUUUGAACUGAUGUUCUUAUUUAAUAUGUUUUUAAAACCAUGCUAUAGUUUUUUCUCCUCUCUCAAGCUUCUUUAAUAUGUAUGUUUUACAAUUUCUUAUCCAUUAUUUUAGCAAAGUUAAACAUAAUUUUAUGUGCUAUUUAAAAAAUAUAUAAACAUAUAGGAAAUAGGACUUCCAGUCAUUGGAAGGACCAUAUCAAAAACAAGAAAGCAAACAAAGGUUCCACAUUGUCUUAGCAUUCUUAAGUACUGGGAUUUUUUUCCCCAGAGUUUUAUGCAAAGAUAUCUGUAAAAGUAUCCCAGUGGCUUGUGCAUACACAUGAUUAGGCUAGAUUAUAAGAUACAUGAACUUAAUGAAUCUGGGAGGCUUAGGAUCCAUUUAGCCACAUGUGUCAAUAAGCACAUUUUAUAUACACUAAAAUUGUGGCCAUUGUAUGUUUUAAAAGGAAAAAACUUGUUUUGGUAAAAGCUAUAUUUAGGGGACAAUUUUUUGCUUGAGCUACUUAGGCACUUUUCUUCAGGGCACAAAACCUAGGUCACUUUUCCAUAGCUUGUUUGCUAUGUUUUUAUUUUAAAUCUGAGCCAUUUGGGCAGUGUUUUAAGCAUUAUUGAACAUUUAUUGGAAAUGUGUAAAUUUAUAAGAUGACACCAAAGUAUUUGGGAAUUUUAAUCCCAAGAACGAAGCAUCAGAGUCAGUCAGAAGCUGCCUACAAAUAUAUGACCAAAUGGAGUUUAGGAGAUCAGACACUAAAAGGAAUGAGAUGUUACAAUGGUGGUGAUUGUUCUUUUAAGCUCACUGACUGACUUCGCAGAAUAUAGUGUGUGGUUAUUUUCAUCUGCAGUUAGCAGGUUAUCUGUGGCCCUGUUCACCAGUUUCAGGGACUAGAGAAAACAAACACACAUGUACAAUUUGUUUUAAAGGCUAUGCUUAUGUGUGUGAUUUCAGUUAAACAUUUUUGUCUCUCCCCCCCCCCACAAUAUUCUUGUUUACUUUAGUCAAAGAGGUAACUUUAGAAGAAGUUCCAGAAUGUAAGCUUUCUCCCAAUCACCAGAGGGCUAAAAGCUGCCUUAGCUGCCACGGCAAGAGCAGAGAGGAGGUUUCAGUGAUGGGAAGAUACCAGGGUCUUGAGAAAGCUCAUUUUGUUAUAGAUGAGGGUGAACCAUAUGAAAUAUCCAUUGCUGAGCUCUAGACAUGCCAGCAUUAUGUGCCUCAGCCUCGGAUAGAUCCCUGAAGCGAAGGUAGAAAACUUUGUAGGAACUCAGUGGAGAGAUUUUCCUCUAACUUGUUGUAUCUAAAUUGUUAAAAUAGGAAUGAGUCUCUUAAAAGUUGCAGCUUGUUAAGAUUGGAAAACAUUCUAGCAUAAAAUAUGCAACACAUGGCUUUUCAGGUGAAGUGUGUUUGCAUAGAAAAGGUUAAAGCACUUGUGGUUGCAAUACUGUUUAAGUCUUAUAAAGGUGUUCCUAAAUUUGAGAAGAGACCACUAACAUGCAACCUUCGCAAAAAAAAAACAAAAACAAAGUAUCUGAUACUUUCCUAGAAGAGAAUGUGUGUCUUACAAAUGCCAUGGAACUGAAUAUUUCCUUGUGAGUAUUAUGACCAUUACCAAAGGACUCAGCCAGACUUAGGGCUCUUCUAAAUUGAUCAUGUUGAGAAAGGGACCUGUUUGGUCCAACUUUGUAACAUGGGAAGUGAAGGAGAUAAAAGUAAAUGUUGAACUCAUGAAACUUUUCUAACAGGGUUAUGCUGUUCUGUAAUACUAGAUGUCUUUCUUUCUCCUAAAAAUUAUGAAGUUUUAUUAAUAAUUUUGUCCUAUGUUUCUCGAUAUUUGAAUAUAUUUUUAACCACUUAUGUUCUAAAUUUUUUGGCCUAGAUAUCUUAUCAAGAACUUUACUUGCCUCUAAAAAACAGCUGUAGAAUGUCAAACUUGCUGUUUCUUAGAGGCCAAGGCUUCAUUUCUAUGAGCAAAAAGCUCAUUUAGCAAUGUAGUUACUUCAGUAUUUAUUUCUAUUAUGGAAUCCCUGGGGUUCAGAAUGUAACUUUGUACAUGAAAUAUAUAUAAAUAUGUAUAUGAAACAUG